CUAGUCAUCUUCCAACUACUCCUGCUCGCAGCUCACCUAAGCGCCAAGACGUUUCCAGGUUUCCCUGAAUAUUGUCUUGAAGAUAAAGACUAUGAGGAGCUUCUGGAGAUCAUCAGAGACGGGCUGGAACCUGCAACUCACCCAGCAAAUAUCGUCAUCGUCGGUGCAGGAAUAAGCGGGCUGACGGCAGCAAAGCUGCUCCGAGAUGCCGGCCACACGGUUACCAUUUUGGAAAGGAGCAAUCAGGUCGGUGGGAGGAUCAGGACGUACCGAUGGGAGCGACAGGGCUGGUACGCGGAGUUGGGAGCCAUGCGCCUGCCGAGCAAGCACAGGCUGGUCCGUGAAUUCAUUAAGCAGUUUAAACUGAAGCUAAACCCCUUCUUUGAGACGGACAACAACACCUGGUAUUUUUUGAACGGCACUCGGAUAAAAGCUGAGGAGGUGGAGAAAAACCCCAACAUCCUCAACUACCCGGUGAAGGCAUCAGAGAGAGGCAAGAGCGCGACCCAGCUUUACAGAGAAACUCUAAACAAGGCUUUCAAGAAGUUCCAGACUACAGACUGCAAGGAAUACCUCGCUCAACAUGACUCCUUCUCCACCAAGGAGUAUUUGAUCAAAGUCGGAAAUUUAAGCCGAGGAGCAGUUGAGAUGAUCGGUGACUUGUUGAAUGAGGACUCUGGGUUUUAUUUGUCCUUCCUCAACUCCUUGUGGGAUUUCGAGAUCUUUGCUAACCAGAGCUUUGAUGAAAUCACGGGGGGAUUUGACCAACUGCCCAAAGCCUUCCACGAAGUGUUGCCCAAUGUCAUCAAGUUCAACUGCACGGUGGAGAAAAUCAUGAGCAAAGGAAACAAAGUCCGUGUGUUUUACCGCGCUCCGGACACCCUGGCCCCAACCAUAGAAACUGCGGAUUACGUCCUCGUCACAUCCACUGCCAGAGCCACCAGGCACAUCCAAUUCCUGCCACCUCUCUCUCCUCCAAAGAGCCAUGCCCUGCGCUCCGUCCACUAUGCCAGCGCCACCAAAAUAGCCUUGGCGUGCACCGAGAAGUUCUGGGAGAAGGACGGCAUCCGAGGAGGACAGUCCAUCACCGAUCGCCCUUCCCGGUUUAUCUACUACCCCAGCCACAACUUCACCAACGGGACGGGCGUGAUCCUGGCUUCCUACACCUGGAAUAGCGAUGCUGAGUUUUUCCUGCCUCUCACAGAUGCGGAGUGCCUGGAUGUGGUCCUACAAGACCUGUCGGACAUCCACCGAGUGAGCAAGGAGUACCUGCAGUCCACCUGCGACCAGUAUACGCUACAGAAGUGGGAACUGGACAAACACUCCAUGGGGGCAUUCGCUGCCUUCACCCCCUACCAGUUCGUCGACUACUCGCAGCCACUCUUCCAGCGCGAGGGCAGGGUGCAUUUUGCGGGAGAACACACGGCUCAACCUCACGGCUGGAUCGACACUGCCAUGAAAUCAGCCGUCAGGGCCGCCAGCAACAUCCAUCACAAGAGCAGCGAAGCCUGGACGCUGAAUGAGGAGCAGACGGGGAGUUCUGUACAGAAGGAAGAGCUCUGA